AUGGUAGAUAAAGACAUGAGACAAAAGUAUAUAAAGAGUAAGGAAGACUAUGAGAAUAUGAUAAGCAAUCUGGAUGAACUACAGAAAGAUAAAGAUCAGAUGUUGGAAGAGUCCUUCCAGCAUGUUGUCAGACUGGAGCAGAUCGCCCUGAAUGCUGAUUCACUGUCCACUCUUGUCCACUUGGACUUCCUGAUUGAGAAGAUGAAGGAGAAGAAAGGAGACACAGAGAAGGUCCAGAAACUGGAAGAGAUGAAAAGACAAGUGCAUACAGGAACCAGAGCAAACUACCAACUAACAGCAGCUGGUUCUCAAAUGAAAUGCUACCAGUUACCAACAAAGAAAGAGAAUAUUGUGUCUACUGUGAGAAGAACGACACUUGGUGAAAGAAAUGUGAACAAGAAAAACAAAACCAUCUUGCUUGUGGGUGAAACGGAAGAAGGAAAAUCUACUCUGAUCAACGCUCUGGUCAACUACACCAUGGGAGUGGACUGGAAGGACGAUGUUUGGUUCGAGAUCGUAGAGGACGAGCAGGGAGGUCAGGAAUCAGAUGUGAUCGUGUACCACAUCUUUGGUUUUGAAGAUAAAACUCUGCCCUACUCUCUGACCGUCAUCGACACUCCUGGGUACUGGAGAACCACGGGGACUGAGCGAGACGACAUCGUCAGGCAAAGAUUAUUUGACUUGUUCCGCUCAGAGGACGGAGUCCAUGAGAUCAAUGCAGUGGGUCUGGUGCUGAAAGCGACUGAGAAUCGACUCAGUGACAGACUGAGGUACAUCUUUGAUUCAGUGAUGUCUCUGUUUGGAAAAGAUAUGGAGAAGAACAUUGUUGCCCUCAUCACUCACUCAAAUGGUCUGCCACCUGAAAAUGUUCUUCAAGCUCUAGAAGAUGCAAACAUUAAAUAUGCUAAAGAUGAGGACAAUGAGCCGGUUUACUUCAUGUUCGACAACUCCCAGAGCACACAGAGAAAAAAGAAAACUGAGUUUGCUUUAAAAAAUUCAUGGGGCCUAACAGCAGACCAAAUCUGCCAAUUCACUGACUUCCUGAAAGAAACCAUCAGGGAGCUUCACGAAGACAACCACAGUUCGGAGUCUCACAUCCUGGGUGAGACCGGAAACAGACUGAGCUGCAGCAAGGCAGAAAAAUGUAUCAAUGUGGAUUUCGGGUACAAAAGGACGAAUAAAUACCAAGAAAAAACCUUCAGCAUCAUCAUCAGUGCAGAAUUUCCCAAACGGUGCAUCCCUGGAGAGAGGGACUGA